CGCCCCGCCUUUACGCUUUCAGAAAGCCGGGUUUGUCUGUUGUCGGCGCGGAUAACAGGCACGUUUAUUCCUUACAUACUAUCACGAACUGUUUAUUUUUAUAUUCAACUGAGAAGCUGAAACGACGUUCAGUUUUAUAUUCGAAUCAUAAAUCUGCUUUAUUUUUUUUAAUUAUUUAAAAAGGAAAAGAAAAUCCGCCUUUUUCCCUCCGACAACGUGGAUUCCUGCUCCUGCGGCGGCGUCCAUUCUUAAUCUCCAGUGGAUUCUCACGAUUCUGGGAAUAAUUUUGUGAAAAUUUGCCUUUUUACGGAUUUUUAAAAUGCUCCUCUCCAAACUGAACACGUUCGCCCACAUUUCAGCCGUCGACAUGCCUGCGAAGAUCCAGCUCCAAGUGCAUCAAGUGAAGGAGAAGGAGCCGUUUGAGAAGGUGUACCAGGUGGGCUCGGUGCUGGGAAGCGGCGGGUUCGGUACCGUGUACACCGGCCUGCGGAUUGCCGACGGAGCGCCGGUUGCUAUCAAGCAUGUGGCUAAGGAGCGCGUGACCGAAUGGGGAGAAUUGCCCAACGGCGCGCGCGUGCCCAUGGAGAUCGUCCUGCUGAAGAAAGUGGGCACCGGCUUCCGCGGCGUGAUCAAGAUGCUGGACUGGUACGAGCGUCCGGACGCCUUCAUCAUCGUCAUGGAGAGACCGGAAGCCGUGAAGGACCUGUUCGACUUCAUCACGGAGAAAGGCGCGCUGCCCGAGGAGCUCGCGCGCGGCUUCUUUCGCCAGGUGCUCGAGGCGGUGCGUCACUGCCACGCGAGCGGCGUCGUGCACCGCGACAUCAAGGACGAGAACAUCCUCAUCGACCUGCGCACCGGCGAGCUCAAGCUCAUCGACUUCGGCUCGGGAGCGCUGCUCAAGGACACCGUGUACACCGAUUUCGACGGUACACGUGUGUACAGCCCUCCAGAGUGGAUCAAAUACCACCGGUACCAUGGCAGGUCAGCCACUGUUUGGUCUCUGGGGAUUCUGCUGUAUGACAUGGUGUGUGGAGACAUCCCGUUUGAGCAGGAUGAAGAAAUCGUGCGUGGUCAAGUGCUCUUCAGGCGCAGGAUCUCGGCAGAAUGCCAGCAGCUCAUCAAAUGGUGUCUGUCUCUGCGUCCUGCCGAGCGUCCAUCUUUCGAGGACAUCAUCAACCACUCCUGGAUGCAGAGCACACCGGCGCCCCCUACAGACACCACAGAGAUCCGGUUGCACAGUUUGAGCCAUGAGGCGGUCACAGUAUGCAAGUGACUCACUACCCAGAGACUCAACACUAUGUCAGCCAGCUGAGAGCCGACGGCCGCCCUCCGAACUGAGCAGCGCAGGAAACAAACGUUGAAAAUGUGAAAUGUUUGUUUUUAUUUGGGUAACGCAAAAGGCAGCUGUCUACGGGUGAGCCCGGGAGGCUUGGGAUGUCCCACAUCCCGCUCCCGAUUUCUGUCAAAAGCCGAGUCCGGCCCAGGAAGGGGCGCCCCACUGCGUAAGGUGCGACCUCUGCAAACUUGAAGCGGUUCGUGCGAUGCUGAAGAGUAAAGGCAUGCCUGUGAACGGACUGAGAAACCUCCACCCUGGAGGACACACGCUCUCAUUUAGUGCCUUCUGUGUGAGUGUCGGAAAUAAAUACUUGAAUUAAGUAAUAGCCACUGUACCACUGCUCCUUAUCCAGAUGUCACAAUUUUCUUGCUUCCAUCUCAUCUGCACUAUGCAGAGAGUAACCAAAAUGACCUCAGAUAACCUGUGCAGAAUGACCGUCCUACACCUCUGUAUCUCUUUCUCUCUAACAUCCUGACUCAGUAACUCUCAACACAGCUACCACUCGUCAAUACAGACGCACACAGCAAUGCAACUACAACAUGAGAUAACUACAUUUUGUUUUGUCAAUAUUGUAAAUAUGUAAUUGUCUUAUGACUCUAAAUUCCAAGACAAGGCCUGUGUAAGAAAUAUUUAUUUGAAUGUUUUUCUUGAAAGCAAGAUCUACGUGGAAUUAUUUAUUUAUUUAUAGCGAAACAAUUUUUGUUUGACAUUUGUCAUUCCACACUGAAGGGUCCACAGCCUAUUUAAAUCUAUUUUACCAUAUUUAAGAGCUGUUUUGAGCAGAUGUGUACAUACAUGUAAAUAUACUUUACAAGCACUUCUAUUGUCUGACGCAAGGAGUACUGAAAGUCUACUGAUUUUUUUUUUUUUUUUUUUCUCUUUUUAAUUUAAUUGUCUGAUGUGCAUUGUUAGACGAAUGUCAUUGUGUAUAUCACACAAACGUCUACAUGUUCUGAGUUUCACCUCUAGUUGCAUGACUGCAGCUUGGAUUUUUAUUUGAUUUAGUGAUUGUAAAUUGUUUAGGAAGUUAUUUUUUUACACAAGUUUCAAUAAAUAUUUUUUUAAACGCUGAA